AUGGCAGCUCCUCCUCCUCCGCCGCCUCCCCAUGGAGGGCUCUCGCUCUACGAAAACCUCCUCGAUCCAAACGAUAAAUCUUCAGCUUCGGCCACAAUCUCUUCAGCCCCUGUUCUUUAUAAUCAGACAGAAAAUACCCCAGCAGAAACCGCCGUUAAGAAAGCUAUUGAUCCCGCCCUUCGCUUUCAACCUAUACGCCGUCCACAAGUGAAACAGGCAAAACCGAAGCCGACAUUUCCCAAAGCCGCAGCCCCCAAGCAGGCCCUUACUGCUGCAGCCCCAGCUCCUGCACAGGCAAAGACCACGCUUGCCGACUGGGCUGCCACUGAGGACGAUGAGUGGAUGUACGGAAUGGGCGAGAAACGCCAGCGAGGCGGCCGCAAGAAGAAGAAAAGGAGGCAGGACGAAGAUGCAGAAACCAACUGGGACGACAUAUAUGACCCUACAAGGCCGACCAACGUAGAAGAGUAUCUACGCAGCGAUGAGAAGGUUCAAGAAGUUAGAGAUUGGAAGGCCUUGCUCUACAGGCAUCGACGAAAACGCGUUGAAAGCGACCUUUCAGACGAGGAUGAGGAAGCGAACGCUCGACCUGUACCUUCAAAUCAAUUCGCUCCACCCUCCUCUUAUUCCUUUGUGCCUCCACCGCCGCAAUCACCUCCGGCAUCAGCCCCAGCACCUCCGCCAGACGAUGAUGCCUUUGCUCGCCGCCAAGCUCUUUCCCGUAACCAACCAGCUCCACCACCGUCACCACCCCAAACUUCUAACCCUGCCACAAUAUCACGCGCUCCUGUGAGAUAUACCCAAACUCAAGAUGAAAAGAAUACAACAGGAGGUGGUGUGGAAGAUGAUGGGGAUUCUCCACCUCCGGCCCUCGGUGCUGGUUCCCCUUCACAACCCGAUGACGGCGAUUCCAAUGCUCGGUCCAGCCGCCCAGGACAGUCCGGUUUUGCCCAGCGACUGAUGAGCAAGUACGGAUGGACCAAAGGCAGCGGCCUGGGCGCUGAUGAGUCGGGAAUUAUAAACCCUCUCCACGUACAGGUUGAGAAACGACGGAAGAAAGCCGAUGCCGAUGGCGGAGGUUGGGCUGAACCAGGCAGCAAGGGUAAAAUUAUCGGAGGAAAGCGCAAGAUUGAGAGCACAGGCAGAUUUGGUACUAUGAGUGAUGUGAUAGUACUCAAGAACAUGCUAGAGAAUAUGGCCAACCUGCAGGAAGAGAUCGCAGGAGGUCUAGGACAAGAAAUAGGAGAAGAGUGUGGAGAGAAGUACGGACGCGUGGAGAGAUUAUACAUCGACCAAGACAGCCGCAAAGUCUUUAUCAAGUUCACAAACCAGGUUUCGGCACUCAGAGCCGUGAACGAAUUAGACGGUCGUGUCUUUAACGGCAAUACGAUCUUACCAGAGUUUUAUGACACGGAGAAGUUUGAACAAGGGAUAUACAACAGGUAG